AUAAGCAUUCGACGUUGAUAUUAUCUCAUUCGCAUUGAGAUAGGAAAAUCCAUCUUCUUAAUGUCUGACGGAGCAUCAUAUCUCUCAGGGUUAGUAGACGAAACUAUCCCCUUUUUAUUUAAUCUCUGACGACAACAAACAAACAGAACAUGGUGCGUUCAAUGCGCAUUGGUUGUUGUACAUUGAUUGACGGCUGGGUUUAAUUUGUUAACUAUCGAUAUCUAUGCCUAUCAGCCGAAGGGCGUACCGCAAACAAGUCUCCGAGGACAUUCGGUUUUUGUGCUGGGACAUUCAGCUCCACCGGGCUACUGCCAUAGUUUCGGGCCGUCGCUCUCCACACUGUUCUGCUUUUUGGUUAGCGAUCGGCUCUGGCAAAGAAACGAGUUUUCAAGAUGAAGACGGAAGAAGCGGAUCAGACUCCACCUCACGACAGUGGCGAUCAUUUGAAAAUUUCUGUGGCCGAAAAAACUAAUCCUCCGAUCCUUUCAACUUUCACUGCCGAGUCCGAUUCAGGUGCAAUCAAGCAAGAUGCGGCGGCCGAAGAACCAGCCAGUCAGAUGACUCGAGGGAAAAUGAUCAACACUCUCAUCAUCUGUCUUCUCCAACUUUUGAAUUUUAUGGAUCGAUAUGCCUUACCCGGAAUAUUACCCGUCAUUAUCGACGAAUUGGAUCUGAGCAACUUACAAGGCGGUUUGCUUCAAUCGGCCUUUAUCGUCAGCUACGUCGUGGUGGCUCCGCUUGUCGGCUACUUGGGCGAUCGUUUUUCUAGAAAAAUUAUCCUGAUUGUGGGACUCACUGUUUGGAGUUUGGUGUCGCUGGCCGGUUCUUACAUGACCACUUAUUCAUCUUUAUUGGCUCUGCGCUGCCUGGGAGGGAUUGGCGAAGCGACUUAUUCGGCCAUUGGGCCGGCAAUGAUCGCUGACAUGUUUGUCGGUGACACGCGCUCUAACAUGCUAGCCAUGUUUUACUUUAUGAUGCUCGUUGGCGGAGGAUUAGGUUACAUCACCGGAUCGGGAGUAGCAGCCGCCACUGGAUCGUGGAACUGGGGGCUCCGGGUCACUCCGAUUCUCUCGUUGAUUUCCGUCUUUCUCAUCAUCGUCUUCUUGAAAGAACCGGCCCGAGGUGAGAGCGAAGGCUCUCGUCUAGUCAGCACCUCAUGGAAGAAAGACAUCAUUUAUCUUUUACACAACCGGAGUUUUAUGUUUUCGACGACCGCCUCUGUCGCCUUGGUGUUCGUCAUUGGGGCCGUCGGCGUUUGGGGCCCGCAGUUCGUCGUUCUCAGUCGCAAAGUCGUUUUGGACGAGACCCACACUUUUGAAGAAAUUUCUUUAGUGUACGGAGUUAUUAGCAUCGUUUCCGGUAUAACAGCUGUUAUAGUCGGAGCAAUCAUGGGCAUGAAACUUCGUUCUAAAUACCCUUCAGCUGACGCUCUCAUCUGCGGCAUCGGUAUGUUACUAUCGGCUCCGUUUUUCUACGGAUUCCUAGUUGCCGGAACCGGACCUCUCUACUGGAUCUACAUCCUCUCAUUUAUCGCCCUUUGGUUCAUCAAUUUGAAUUGGGCGCUCGUUGGAGAUAUUCUUCUGUACGUGGUUGUGCCCACAAGACGGGCGACAGCGGAAACGUUCCAAAUCAUGUCCGUUCACGUUUUCGGUGAUGCCAGCAGUCCGUUCAUCAUUGGAUUGAUUUCCGACGCAUUCGAGCCGCUCAUCAAUUCGGAUUCGGAAGACUACCGCAAAUACACGUCACUCCAGUACGCCUUGCUCAUCAAUCCGUUCAUCCAGAUAUUGAGCGCCGCCCUCUUUAUGGCCGGAUCCUUUUACCUUCUCAGCGACCGAGACAAAGCCAAACGUGCAGUUGCGGAUGGAAUUGCACGCGAAAAUGCCUCAAAUUAAAAUUCCACCCAAACGACUUGUUUGUUGUUUGCCAGUUUUUUUAAGCUCAUCACUGUGACUGACGUAAAGAGUAUUAUAUAUACAUUUUACCCUUAAUGUGUUAGUGUCACUUUGCGAUACGUUUAUCAGUGAUCCAACCACGCCUCUCUAAUCCCAUCAACCGAUCUAAAAAAAAGGAGGACGUUAUGGUCCGUUUGUUUGUCUGUCUGAGCCAGUGAUCUAUGUCCUUACAUGUUAUUGUCCAAAUCGAAUAAAAAGAAAACGAGGUUUUUA